CUCAUUGCUCUUAUUAGUAUUUCCGUAUAAAAAUUAUUCUUAAAACAUUGGUAGUCCUCCAAGCUUGAAGUUAAUUCUUAUACCCUUUACGGCAAAAUUCCUUGUUCAUUCUCUAGGCGCAUCCAAUGCAUUUAGUCAGUACAUGGAUUCCGGCAAUAAACCUACUGCCCCACUCUCUCCCAAAGUAAUGCCCGGUCGUGUAGUUCUGCAGAGCGCUCCGCUGAAGACUGCACCAAUACGCCUAGCUUUGUUUCAGAUUUCAGAUAUAACAAAAUUUUCUAAAGAGUGUCGUCAACCCUUUGUGUGUUUAUCAUUAAAGUGUUUUUACUUCUAGUGUUUACUGACAGAGGCGGGAUACAGCGUGCGUCAAAAUGUCUGCAUCAUUCCUGGAAAAAUUUAAAUACCGGGGCAGUUCACCGGGAAAAUCAGAUGAUGAGAAACAAACAAAUGUUCAUGCCUCAAACGGGAAAGAUAUCAGCGGAAAUAGGGAUUACCCAACCAGCGCGGAGUGCGAGAGUCUUCUAGAACAGUUCCAGCUCAAGUGGGUACUCUCGCAUUCAUCGAAGAAGGCACUAUCAAACAUUUUUAUAACAGGAACCCAUCGGAUCAAGUAUCCUAAUAUAGACAAAAUGGUAAUUCAAGAUACGUUGAUCUCACACAACUGGAAUCGGGAGGCAGCUCAAAAGCAACUCGACAUGGAUCACCCAGUGCCGAAAUUGGCAUAUGUUGGUGAUGCUGGCCCCGCACACGAUGGACCAUUAGAUGGCAAUCGACAGAACGAAGAUGGUGAAGCGACCGUGUUGAAGAAGGUACAGACGGUUGGCCGUGCCAGUAUGAUCAUAAAAGGAAAGAAUACGCAUAAAUACGCUGCAAUUAACGCAGCUCAGAGGGAUGGACAACCAUUGAGUGGAGAUAAUCAGGACAACGAUGGUGAUGAUAUAAUUGUCAGAAAAAAGAAAAAGAACCAAAAGACCAAAGAUACCCGGAAGCGGGCCAGAUUCGAGUUCAGCGAUGAUGAUGGCGACAAAGACGAAGUCGCUGCGAAGCGGGAGAAAAUUUACAAUAGCUCGGAUUCAGAUUCGGAAUCAGAGCAGAAGUAUGCCGUAACCACGGAGGUAGCAAACGUAAGAAAACAGGUAGUUGAUUUCUUAAACGAUGCGCCGCCACUUGAACUUGGAUCUGUACCGACGUGUUCAAACAAGCGUAUUGAGAAGAUUCUUUCAGUGCGGCCGUUCUCAACGUAUGCGGAAGCCGUAUCUGCUAUGACGUCAACGCCUGGGCUAAGCCCUGAGAUACUUAAUGAAGUCCAGUCAUUUUUAGCAUCGCGAAACAUAGUAGCUAAGCUGAUGAGCAGCUGUGAGGGGCUAGUACGCGAAAUGAAAGUACAAGUGGAGACCAUCCAACAGCUUAAGGAGAUGAAAAUCAAACAGCAACCAAAAAGUGUCAGCGAUCAUUUGAAGCUAGCCCCACAUCAGCUGAUAGGGAUCAACUGGAUGGCUCUGCUCUACGAGAAAGGUCUUAACGGGAUCCUAGCCGAUGAAAUGGGUCUCGGAAAAACAAUUCAGGUUGUAACGUUCCUAACAUGGUUGUUGGAGCGUGGUGAAAAGGGGCCUCAUCUCGUUGUAGUACCCAGCUCAACUCUGGAUAACUGGCACCGCGAAUUUAGCACAUGGUGUCCCCAGCUCAAAGUGGUCAUUUACUCGGGCCCUCAGGAAGAUCGUAAAGCACUUCGUCUCGACGUAGUCAAUGGUCGCUUAUCGAUGAACGUAAUUUUAGCAACAUACAAUACUCUAGCGUCCACACCUGAAGACCGUGGAUUCUUCAAGAAGCUACAGUUUGUCUAUGCUAUCUUUGAUGAGGCACACAUGCUUAAGAAUAUGAACUCGCAGAGGUUCCAGAGUCUUAUACAAAUUGCAUCAUCUUUUAAGCUGAUGCUGACUGGAACACCUCUACAGAACAACCUCAUUGAACUGAUGAGUUUGCUUACGUUCACAAUGCCGCAUCUGUUCUGCAAUAAAACGACUCACAUGAAAUCCCUUUUUAAAGGGUCAAAAACCAGUGGUGGGGAAGAGACGGCAAGAAACGUCUAUGAACGGGAGCGAAUCAAACAGGCCAAAGCAAUCAUGCAACCGUUUGUGUUACGGAGACUAAAGGCUGAUGUCCUUGGGAAUUUGCCAACCAAACAUGAUAAUCUGGAAAAGGUGGAAAUGGUCGAGAUCCAAAAGCAGCUCUACAAGAAAACGGUGACAGCAUUUAAACGUUCAAAGGCUGAACGUCGCCUGGACGAAGACGUCAAUGCCGAAGGUUCCGUUUUAAUGCAGCUACGCAAAGCCGCAAACCACCCGCUGCUAUUGCGUACCCAUUAUAGCGACAAUAGGUUGCGACAAAUGGCAAAAAUCAUUUGCAAACAGCCUAGCCACAAGGAGUCUACGGUCUCGCUGGUUUUCGAAGACAUGCAGGUGAUGAGCGAUUUUCAGCUGCAUUCGCUUUGUCUCCAAUUCGGUAACUGCCUCAAAGAGUAUCUACUGCCCGACGAAACAAUCACUAACUCUGGGAAAUUCAAGUACCUCCAAGAGUUUAUCCCAUCUCAGCUGAAACAGAACAAUCGAAUUCUCAUCUUCUCUCAGUUUACCAUGAUGCUUGACAUCAUUGAAAAGUUCUUGUAUAUCGAGAAGUACAAUUACCUGCGAAUCGACGGUUCGACACCAGUGAGUGACAGACAGGACUUGAUCGACGCAUUCGUCAAUGACGAAAAUAUACCAAUAUUUCUGCUAUCAACUAAAGCUUGCGGACUUGGCAUCAACCUUACGGCUGCCAACGUUGUCGUCCUUCACGAUAUCGACUACAAUCCAUACAACGACAAACAGGCAGAGGAUCGGUGUCAUCGAAUUGGCCAAACACGCGAAGUGCACAUUUAUCGACUGAUCUCAAAAGAGACAAUCGAAGAAGCGAUGUUUGCUGUCGCCCAAAAGAAGCUCCGCCUCGAACAGAGAAUCACUACCGACGAUGGCGAGGGCACUAAAGAUGAGGCUCAACAAGAUAAAGCUGUUUUAGGCCAGCUAUUGAAACGGGCACUGGGUGAAGAUGAUCAAGACGAAAAUUAAAGUUAUUCCAUGCGAAGCAGAUGGUUUCACCGAGUGCGGAAAGCGAGCAACCAACGAUUAAUGCACAUAUUUAAUAGAGUAGAA